GAAAGUGCAUCUCGAGAGGGGGAUGGAAAUGCUGGUGAGAGCAGCUGUGUUUUUGAGUCCUUUUCUCUUCUGCAAUGCUUUUCUGAACCUGACUGGCCACCCUGAGAUUGAGGGUGUAUGGAAGGAAUCUACCACCUUGCCAUGUGUCUAUGUGCCUGUGAAGGACUUGGUACAGGAAAUACUCAAGUGGAUGGUGGUCCGUGACCAGAAUCCUGUCACCGUCUUUCGGAGGGACGACUCUGGCGACCAUGUUCUGCUGUCUGACUACAGGGGCAGGGUCAGUGUCCCGAAGGAUACACCAGGGAAUGUGUCUCUCCACAUCCUGAACCUGGAGGUCUCUGACAAGGGAACCUACACUUGCCAGGUCACCUGGAGGGACAGCAGUGACAGCCUGAUAGUAAGAGAGAUCACCACUGGACUGGAGGUAGUUAAAGUGGCAGCAACCAAGCCCAUCAUCAGGGCCGGCGAACUGGGGCUGACGGUACCCACAGGAGCCAGGACCAGCCUGACCUGUGUGGCCAGCGGGUCCCCCCCCAUCAGCUACCGCUGGUUCAGGGGCACCCCGGGACAGAAAGCCCUGCUGCUGAGCAGGCAGGCUGAGCUGGUGUGGGACAGCCUGCAGCCCUCCGACACUGGGAAGUACUACUGUGAGGUGGAAAACAGGGCUGGGGCCGGGGCUGUGCAGCAGAGUGAUGCUGUUGAGCUCACAGUGACAGAACCUCCUGUGACAGUAGUGACUUCUGAGAAUGGUGUGGGAUAUCCAGAAAAGAAUUAUACAACUCAGAAUGUCCAAGGGACUCACCUGUCCCCGUUCCUCAUCAUUCUGAUUGUGGUGGUGUGUGCUGCUGCGGUUUUGCUUGUCAUCUUUCUCAUCAUUCGCAUGAGGAAGCCCAAAGGUGCUCAGACCUACGAAGUAAAAUUCCAUAACUCAAGGGCAGCAGAUGCUUUAAGGUGUGAAAGUGCAGGUUACUAUGAGGAAGCCAUCUCCACUGAAAACAAGUAUGUGAUGGAGCCCAUGAAAGACAAAAGAUCUGAAGAAAUAAAUAUGAAAAAGAAUGACUGUGCUGGAAACACCAUGGAAUCUGAAUAUGAAGUAGGGGACACUGCGUGAGAACCAACUUAUUGCUACAUGUAGCAGUCCUGAACAGCACUUUCAUUCAGGCAAAAUAUAUCUUCCUAUUCACCUUAAUCUCUCUAAAAACAGGUUGGACAAGCAGUUUUUGCUCCUUCAUGACUUGUGGAGCCUCAACAAUCUCCUCAAUGAAAACGCAAAGCUCUUUGAGAACUUUUGUUGCAAACUGCUAUAUAGAUCUUCUGAUUUUGCCAUUUUUGGUUUCCUUCCACCCCCUCUGUAGAAGAAAGCCCUUUAAAAGCCAGGAUAUGCAGAUCCCAGGCCAAGAGCACUGUACUAAACUUGGUGCUUUGCAAUACCAAAAGGAUCUGCAUUCACAGCCUUCAUGUGGUAGGAGUAGAACCAGCAGCAAGAGGGGCUCAACAUCCUCAUCAUCUUUGAGUAAGAAGCGCAGAAUGAGGCUGCCCUGGGAACUGGCAUUUCUCCUCCCACACACCUGAGUGUUGCAUGGGUGGUAGAAUGUCUUAAAUGUGAGAUACUCCUUAAAGAAACACUGAAAGACAGAUUAAGGACAGGAUAAAACCAAGAACUCUACCACUCUAGGAGUAAAAAAGGCACUGUUCUAUGCUCAAUUCACCUUUCUGCAUCAUCUGCAAUAAGAUGCAGGCACACUUUCUAUAGUUUUGGCACUGCACAGCUUGGGUGCCUCUGAAACUGCAAAAGGUACAUUCUUCCUGAGUCCACUUUCUCUGUUCUCUUUUUUAAUGCAUGUGUAAUAUUUAAAAGAUGCUUUUCCUAAGUUUGUGGGUAAGACUGUUUACACACUCCUAAAGUACUUUGAUAUGAAUAUUUUUGUGUGACCAGCUCAUCUUUAAAAUGCCAGCAAGCACUCCUCAAAAGAUGCUCACAAAAUACUUUCCUGCUGGCUUAGGAAGGAAAGGGCAAGUAGGGAGCUGAAAAGCUUUGUUGUUCAUAAUUUCUACUAUCCUAAGUAAAUCUAUAACAUGGAUACAGCAAAUUUAUGGGAGAACCUUUUUAUAAUAAUUGGGCAAUACCAUGUCAGAUUAAAAGCCAUGCAGACAGAUGUAAAACAAAAUGAGCAACCUGGGGGGGAAGGGGGAUAUUGGUGAUAAUCCUGGAUACAGGGUUAGUGGGCCCCCAGAUUUGCUGUUCACACUCAGGAAAGGUGAGCAAUUCUCUGCAAGCAUCAGCUCAAAAUUCACCAGCAAUCCAAGAAAGUAUUAGAUGCUAUUAGGAAAAGCAUUACAACACAAUAGAAAACAGGAUUGUGAUAACGGACUCAUGGAAUGCUUCCACCUUAUGUAUGUACGUAGGUGUCUCAUCUUGCAAGGGUUUAACAGAGCUAGAAAAGUUACUGAGAAAGAUCAUUAAGGCUCAGUAGUGGCAUGAAAACACUUCUGUGUAAAUGCACUAUACUUUCUCAGCUUUUUGAACCAGAAGAAAAGAGAAGAAUGGGGCAAAAUGAGCAAAGCUUACUCAUCAUGACCACUGUGGAGAAGAUGAAUAAAGAAUAUUUGUUUAUGGUUUCUCCAAAGGUAAAAGGAAGGAAAUUUCCUGAAUUUCCUGUACCAGUUUUAUUUCUCUUUAAGAAUGUGCUUAAAAAACAAGAGCUGGGAAACCCUGAUUUCAAAAUGAAGAGGAAACAAACAGCAACUUUUGUUAGUGAUGAUGUCUUGAAAAAAAAUUGUCAAGAUGUACAUACAGCUUAUUGUAGACACAGAGAAGCAAAUGAAAACCAUUAAACUUCAGGACCGUAAAGUUA